GGAGCGUGAUAGGCAGAAUCUAUUUUUAGUACAUUAGAAAGCACAGGAUUCGCUCUGAAAGGCCAAUGGUGGAGCAUAGCUUCCCUUUGGCUACUUUUAAGGGUCCAGCGGCAGCCUGGCUAGUUAGAUCGAUGUGCAGCUAUGCUCAUGUGCCCACUUUGACCCUUCUUCAGCAGCAAAUGAGCAUGUGGCCUCAACCCAUGGGCAACCAGUUGCUUUGGCCAUUUCAACUGCUCCUCAGAGGAACAUCAUCACCACUUCCAGCUUCUGAACGAUUUCUUCAUUCCAGGGUCAAAACCGAUUGCUCUGGCGACGGCCAGACACUACUUUCAGUCCCCUCCGCAAAGAGACACGGGAUUUCUUCAACGUUGCGUUGGAAAAGGACAAGCACAACAACAACAACAGCAACAAAACACCCGCAGAUUGUUCUUCCUGGCUAGUAGUUAGAAGGCUUGUUUGCAACCAUGGCAGCGGACUCUGAUGCUUGUGUGCCCAAGGCAUUGACUGAUUUCGUCUUUGACCUGUACGAUUCUGUGACGUUAUCUCACAUUGCCGAGGAACAAAAGAGGCUGUACAAUUCUGAUUUUCGCGAUUUGUCUUCCAAGUACUUUGCCAGCACACCAUGGCCGUCUCCCCAGACGAUUGCGACCGAGUGCAACGGAGAUCCUUUGUUCUUGGCUCUGUACCGUGAACUGACACACCGUCACUGGCACGCCGUGUCUCGCAUCAACAUUCGCGACCGUAUGGAAGGAUGGCAAGUCUACCGCGAGUUGUUUGAAGAAAUUUUGCAGGAGGAACCCAACUUUUACAUUACUCCUGGCUGGGCCUUUGACAUUCUCAAUGAGUUUGUCUACCAGUUCCAGGGAUUCUGCCAGUUCCGGACCAAUUUGCACAGCAAUGCCGUCAAGUACGGAUUGAUCAAGGAAGGAGAGUCGUUUGGAAGUGUCAACUCCAGUGGACCGGCGCCACCCCAGAAUGUUAUUGACAACAUCAAUAUGUUGACUUCGGCGGAUGCCUGGGAGGUCGAACAGGUAUUUUCAUAUUUGCAUCGUCUCGUCAAAAUUGGAAUCACCUCGGAGAGGCCAGCGUAUCAAUACUUGGGACUCUUUGCGUCUGUGGCCCUCAGUCGUCUUGAGUGCUUGCUCGGGGAUUAUUCCGCAUCUCUCAAGGCACUCAUGCCCAUUUCCGAUGCUAUCGUCGUCAAGAAGGAUGAUACGGAACAUACUGCUGUAGAAAUCAUUCAAAGUGUCUUUUUGGCACGUCUUAGCAUGGCGUAUCAUGCCGGGAUCUCAUUCAUGAUGCUUCGACGAUACAAGGAUGCCUCCCGGAUCUGGGGCGAUAUUUGUGCCUACAUGCAGCGUGGUUUCAAGACUGGCCAAUUGCGAAAGUUGCCCAACUCGGACCAGUUCAACAAACAGUACGAGCGUAUGAUUUCCUUGUUGGCCAUUGUCACACACAUUUGCCCUCCUGCCGGUACUGUUGAGGAAAGUAUUCUCCGUACCAUUCGAGAAAAACACGGACCCAUCCUCUCCAAGAUUGAUGCCGGGGAAGAAGGAUACGAAGACUUGUUCAUGUGCCCAAAAUUCGUCACGGCAUCCUUCGACAAUGUCUACAAACUUCAAAUGAGAGCCUUUAGCAAGGAAAUGGCACCCCAGCAUGCCUGCCGAAAGUUGCGGUCCUACAUGAAGCUCUACACGUCUGUUGCCGUGUCCAAACUAGCCAAGUUUAAUGACAUGGAGGUAGAUGACUUUGUUCCACUCUUGAUUUCCUACAAGUAUCGGAUGUUGCAGCCUGAGGCUCCUGAAAGCAAUAUGUUCACCGAUGAUGCAACCAGCAAGAGUGCCUUGGAUAUUCACUACUAUUUGGUGGAAGACCUUGUCCAUGUGGAUGAAGCUGAAAAGGAACGUCGUUUUGAAAAGUACUUUGUUGGGCAAAUCUCACAGAACGCAGAAAUCUUGGGUGAUGCCAUGGCAAUCAACACGACAAUCUAAACAACUAGCAAUCAGUACUUGCUACUCGCAGGUGUGUAGCUAGCUAGUGAGUUCUAAAGUUGAGUACAGCAGUACAUUCGUUUCAUGGUAUCAUGGUCAAUUUGAAGCUAAAUCGUACUAAAGUCAAAGCAGUGUUGUGUUGAUUAAAAACCUCCCGUUAUACAUGAUUGCGCUCAAUCUACAGUUUUUAGUGUCUCAAUAGCAUGACUACUGUACUCCAACUAGAUAGUCUACACGGUGGAGGGGAAGGAUGUCACUGUCGCAACAUCAUCCUGUCCUUUUCGUAGCUUCCUUCUGCCCCUUCGCUUUCGCCGAAAGCUCGACAACAUUGCUACGGGUUUGGCCACCAACUUGAACAGAGUGCUCUUGCCGCGCCGUUUCUUGGGUUUAUUGUUGCUGCUUUGUGUAUUGCUGCUGUACACCGAGGAAGUCGUCUCAACCUCGCUGCUUUUCACACCACUCUUGGUUCUGAUAUUGACCAAGGAAGAAUCCUUUUCAUCCUCCAACAACAAAUUUUCGUUGCGCAUUGCCAACCAAUCCGCUUUGAAAUCAGCCCAUUCAUCUUUUAUUACCUUUCUCAUAGUUUUGUACCACUUGGGCAUGUGUGCUUGAUUGACGUUGGGGGCAUCCUCCUCAUUGAGAACUUGGUUGAGGAAACAACACAAGCUGAGGGAGAGACUGACCAUUAGUAUCAGGCACAACGUGAUGAUGAGCCAAUACCCAUGGUCAGAAUAAAUAGCAAUUCCUAUUGCAAGGACAAUAGCAAUGACGAUCAAGGCACAAAAGAACGCCAUGGCGAAUUGAAUGACUAGAGCCACCCGAGCCUCAUAUCUUUCUUCUUCCAUAUCUUUUCUGUUUUUUCUCUUGGAUCGAAGUGAAGAAGAUCUUCGCCGUAUCAUUUUCUUCCUGAUGGCUGAGGCAGGUGGAGGAAGUUCUUUGGCAUCCAUUUCCAGUGGCAUCAGGUGAUAACUCCCAGCCCCAGAGGAAGACGUGACGGUAGCAGUAGCUGCAACAGCCGCAGUGUUUUCUCGAGGCCGGCUAUUUGCUGAAGGACUUCGUGAGCGUCUGGUCCUUCCAGGGGAACGGCUUCGUGUCCGUGUUCGGCUGCUAGAUCUGCCUCUACCUUCAGAUCGACUUCUGCCUCUGCCUUCAGAUCGACUUCUGCCUCUG